GGUCAGAGGUUGCGGAACCAUCAUGGCGGCGCUGUGUAGGACCCGUGCCGUCACGGCCGAGAGCCAGCUCCGGCGAGUGUUUCUCCUCUCUCGGCCCUGUCGAGGCGCAGGCACCGAGAGUAGCUCCGGGAGUGAGAGUUCCGAUUCCACAGAGCCUAAAAUGCGCCAAGGCGGCUUCGCGAGCGCUCUGGAGCGGCAUUCGAAGCUGUGGCGGAAGGCGGAGCUCGGGGAGAAGACCGGCUCUCCAAAAAAUGUGGAAUCCUUUGCAUCUAUGCUGAGACAUUCUCCUCUUACACAGAUGGGACCUGCCAAGGAUAAACUAGUAAUUGGACGAAUCUUCCAUAUUGUAGAAAAUGAUCUUUAUAUAGAUUUUGGCGGCAAGUUUCAUUGUGUAUGUAGAAGACCAGAAGUGAAUGGAGAGAAAUACCAGAAGGGAACCAGAGUCCGUCUGCGGCUGUUAGAUCUUGAACUUACAUCUAGGUUCCUGGGAGCGACCACAGAUACAACUAUACUCGAGGCGGAUGCAAUUCUCUUAGGAAUCCAGGAGAGUAAAGAUGCAAAAUUAAAAGAGGAACAUCGUGAAUAAGAAACAAACUUUGCUUAAUGGAGUUACUCCUGUUUUGUUGAACCCAGAUAUUCAAGAAUGCAAUUAGAAAAUUGUGAAUAAAUGAUUGAAAGAAGACACAAUAAAUGAAAGCUAUAAUUAUA